GGGGCAAGUUAUGAUCGCUCCCUUGCUGUUUUCUCUUUCUUUAUUCCUGCCAUUCUUCUGUUGAAUAUCAUUGAUAUUUUAGUGGUUCCUACAGGAUCACUAAGGCAAGAGCAUCAGUUGCAGAGUGAGCCUGUCUCGAGGGGCUGGCGGUCAGCCAGACUGUUAAGGCUUGCCGGCUUCCACUGGAGCCCUCUUGGUGCUUCGCUGUGUUAUGAGUGACCGCCCACAUGGCAGCAUCUAGGCGAACAGACUCGGAGGACGUGUGGGCAUAAGUGGGCGGGGUGUGUGUUUGUGUGUGUGUGAAGACCUAGGGGCGGCUUUAUGCAGCAGGAACCCCCAGCGAUCACUGAGGCCCCUCCAAGAGGGUACGGGAGGUUGAGAGGGUGCGGUCGUGGUAAAGCCGCAGAGGGGAGAGGGCGGUGAUGAUGGUGGUGUGCAAUGGGUGACGGGCGGCCAUGGUGGGCGGGCCCGCGCCGUGUACGCCGCGUGCACGGCCUCCAACUGCCGCUCCACCCUCAACAAGUGUUGGCAUGGAUGGUGAUGGUCGCCUUCACCUCCCUCAUGUACGGCGCCGUCCUUCCCGCCCUCCAUUCCUGCUUGGCCAUGCCCCUUUCAAUCAUCACGGGCAUCGUCUUCGCCGCCCAUGUCCUGACACAUGCCGUGGCCCUCGCGCUUGACCCAGCAGACCCGCAGCUCCGGGCCCGCAAGGAUCUUCAGCAGGUGCCCGAGUUUGAUCGUAACGUACAUAAUCAUGUGAUUGAAAAUGGGAGAUGUCACCUUUGCAACAUUACAAUAUCUUCCAGUCGAACUAAACACUGCAGCGCGUGCAACAAGUGUGUGGAUGUCUUCGACCAUCACUGUAAAUGGCUCAAUCACUGUGUGGGUCGCCGCAACUAUCGAGUGUUUUUGGCGUGUGUCAUCACGGCCAUUUUGGCGUGUCUGCUGGUGAUGGGCACCUGUCUCGCCGAGAUUGUCCUUUACUACUUCGAAAAAAAAUAUCUCUCGCCAUGGGAGUCUCCUAAACCUCAACAGGCAGUGCAGGGGCGUGAGGAUGCCAGUGGGGAUGCUUCGUUAACAUGUUCAGAAGGGGCGCCCUACUGCCACUUCUCCAUCUUCGGUGCUUUUGUUUAUGACGGCGCCUUCAUCGGCUUACUGUCAACCGUGUUUUCCGUGGCCCUGGUGGCAGAAGUCCUACUAGUGCAUCUUGCAGCUUUCCACGCCUACAUCAUAUUCCUGGGAUUCACUACCUACGAGUACAUACGUGGUCAUCAUCUGCGUGGCUCAAACUCUGCUCAUUCCUUCGGCAAUUACCCGCGUGAGAGCGGGACACAGCGAGAGGGUGCCGUUUGUGGAUGGGCGGUCUCUCGCCGCCCACCAAACAACCAAAUUACCCCUUCUUCCACCACUGAUACGGCGUUACUUUCUACAAUAUCUGUUGAUUCUCUCAACACUACCACCACGGCUGUCCGUUCCCCUCGCUCUUCCACCUCCUCCACCCCAGGACUCUCCCCCACCACGCCCUCGGAGGAUGUCCGCUCACCAACUGUAGGUAGAGGUCAUCUCCAAAACUAUUCUUCUCGAUAUCAACAGCAGGGAGGGCGUAUUGGGUCGGCUAUGGUAUCCCCUACAAACACCGCUCCCAGAACUCCUCCGACACGAUCUUCCUCUGUACCACAGUUGCCACAGAUCCCGAUAGGGCGGUCACGGACACAGCUGCGUACACUAAACCGUACCGCCACUACAUCUGUGAGUGAAUUUUCCGUAGACGACGACUUGGAGGUGCGAGUAGUGUCGCUUCCGCGGCCUCGACCUUCCCGCCGGCGGCUACGGUCUAGUAUAGUACCGCAUCUAUCUCCUAUCAAAGAAUGUGAUCAGACUGCCCCCAGUCCACCCACAAUGAGGCCGAGACGUGAGCGGACAAGCGUUUCUUCCAGUCCAGCAGCCAGCCCAGCCCACACCCCCGCCCGCAGCCCCGCUCGCAGUCCAAGGACCAGCCCCGCCCGUGGUCCUCAUACUCCCACCAAACUGAGUCCAUUAGUGGGCGGCGCUGAUGUGACGAGACGUGCCAAUGGCCACAGUGUUGUGAGUCGAGUGAAGAUGAACGGUAGUGCUGGUGACAUUAAUAACUGUUACGGCAGGACGACAACAGUCACAAAUGUUAACAGUAAAUUGUUGGUGAAGGAGAGUGAGCAGAGUGGUGCAAACGAUAGUCCUCAGGAUCCCAACUGCAGUAUGGUGGGGUCUCGUUCAUGUGUGACCGGGUCCGCUCCCCGCCAUAAUGGGGGCGUGGCGCACGUUGAGUUACACAUGUAGCGCCUCGUCCCUCCCUCUCACCUGCUCCUUGAUCCAGGUUCUACACAGCUCACACAACCAUCUGACUGUUGCUGUAAUUGGUGAUGAGAGUCAUAAAUUAUUGUUAAUGCCACAUUGCACAUAAUGGCUCUGUGAAUUUAGUAAUAUGCCAUAGUAGACAUUGUCAAGUGAUAGAUUACAUAUUGACAUAGACUUAAUCGUCAUUAAAGCAAUAUUAUGGUGAUGUACAGUCAUGUCAAGAUCUAAUGUCGUGCCAACAUUCUUCUCUGGUUCUGGGUCAGCUCCCCCGCCCCCCCCCUCUUUUCUGCUCUCUGAUCCAACCACACUGUCUGGCUCUAAUCUAAACCUAUCAUCUGGUCCCUAGUCCAAGCUUUUUUCUUCCUGGUUCUUGGUCACCCCUCCCUCCUGGUCCCUGGUUCAGACCUUUCCUCUAGUCAUGUAUUUAUUUACCCAUCUGCUCUAAUUCUGACUUUUGGAUUCCUGACCAACUUCCCUUCUGGUCCUGAUUCAAGUUCCGUCUGGUCUCUGGUCCAACCCUCUUCAGUACUUUGUGUCCCGGACCAUCCUUCCCUUCUGUUCUUUGAUGUAGCGCUCUCUUUUGGUCACCUUCAGCCCUUUCUUAUGGUCCAGGGGUCAGGGCUCUGUCUUGCUCCCAUUCCAUCCAUACUGUCCUCUCGGUUUGUCACAGGUCAGUUACUCUGGCUGGGCCAACUCUCCUUUAGUCUGGGGUAAAAUCGUUUUCCAGGUUAUCGUGCCACUGCAGUUCAAGGCCAAAUCUUUCUAGUUCAUGGACUAUCGGACCAAUGUCUCUUCUAGUCUUGCCCUUAUACUCCUAACUAGACCGAGACUAUCACUCUACUGGUCGUGUUUUUGCACUCAUUAGUCCCAGACCAACGCUGUCGAAUAGUUUAGGAACUUUUUUUCCUUUGUCCUCUGGGCGAAUUAUGGAUCAACGCUUCUCGUGUGCUGUGGUAAUGCUCGUGGCAACUGUACACCAAGGCUCCCUGUCAGGUUCCAGCUGUGGGUCCACUCUAGAUAAACCCUUGUCCAUUGCUUCUGACGAGUCCUGGACUAAUUUUACUGUCUAGUCUGAAACUAACACAUAGUCCAUGGCUGAUUGUCUUAUCUGACUCCGUAAGGCUGCCUCUCCUCUGCCUCGCACCACCACAAAUGGAGGCCGUCCUCAACACUUACCUGCCUACUUGACCAGGACCUUUCGGCCGCUAUGGUUCCCAGAAUCUGGCAUGUUCGUUAUCCCUUCAGAGAUUCCAAGUACCAUGCUUCUAGCGCCCAUCUGGUGUGUUGGUUCUAAAGGCCUACCAGAUACCUUGAUUCUCAAAAGGUCCGGAAAGUACUCUUGCUUUCCUGCACCUAUUGGGUAUUUUGCCUCCUAGAAAUUUUCCAGGUACACGAACUAAAAAAAAAAAAAAUGCCAGGUAUGCCUUUUGCCUGGAACUGCCAAGUGUACCACUUCCUAGAACCUGCUAAGCACACAGUCUCCUGAGACCUCCAAGGCACGCCGUCUAGAACGACCUGCCAGGUGCUGCCCCCAGGAUGUGGCAGGUACCAGUGUGGUGUAUCACAGGGCAAAGCAAAUGAACCACUUGCCCCUGUGUACUCGGUACUCUACCCUCUUAAGAUUGACUUUACUUGGUCAGCCUUGUUGUAAACUUAGAUGUAAAUCUUAAAGAAUAUUGUAAAUGUAUAAUGAGUGCGGCAAGGACCCGGGUAGGAAGGCCGCGCAGAGGCAGAUGGGAUAGGGAGCUGCCAACACCUACAGCUGUAACGUAACGUCUGGGUACAGGGUCCUCAGCUGUAUCAACAAUCACCCACCCCUUACAGCCUCUACUGACGGUGCUGACAUACACAAGUUAAAGCAUCAAGUCUUGUACCUCAGUGACGGCGACGAGCUCCCAGACACCCCAAGUACCAACAUUAUUAUUCUCUUAACUGGGCUUGAUCUCGACCACCUAUACUGUGUCCCUCACCUCACGUCUCGUCUGUUUUCUCUUCUUUGGUAACUUUGUUUUGAUUUUAUAAACAUGACUCGUCUUCUACAAGUCUCUUCAUAAGUUAUGGUGAUAAGACUGUUAUGCAAGGUACGCCCAACUGUGUGGCCCGCAACACCUGUAUAAUAGUAACAAGAUUAACGAAUAUAUAUUUUUAUGGAUCUAUUGUUGAGGUUGCGUCCAGUGUGUUGCACGCAACUUCAGUGUGUCAUGCGUCAUUUUACUGUCAAAAUUUGAGUGCAUCAGGUACCAAAGUUGUCAUUACUUGAGUAUGCCAUGUGAUAAGUUCUGAAUUUUAGUCUUGUCAUGUUACUUAUAACGGGUGUGUGUGUGUCUCAUAUACCUGUUGUUAUUAACUUGUAUGUGUCUCAUGACUUGAUUUUUUGGUGUGUUUAAUUUGAGUAUGUCGACACGUGGCACAGCCUGAGCACGUCACAGCUUAUCCCAGUGACGCAAUAUAUCGGAGACGUUGACCAUAUGUACUGUACAUCACAGCAGGAGGGGUAUUGGAGUUGAUUUUGUGAUGUGACCUGAAUUUACCUAUGUACUUAAUUCUUCGUUUGUCACACUGAAUCCAGGAGAGUUAAGUAAGUUAUAAGACUAUUGUAUCAGGUGCAUCAUGCGAAAUUGAGUGUGUCACAUAACGAGUCAGGUGAUUUCAGUGUGUUCCUUGACUAGAGUGUGUUAUUAAUUUAAGUAAUUCCCCUUGAGUACAUUAAUAACUUGGAGUGUAAGUUAACCAUUUGAGUGUGUCACAUGUAAUAGAUUGAUGAAUAAUGUAUCAGGUUUGUGGGUAAAAAUGGCGAGGUUAAGCUAAAUGACUGUGAGAAAGAAAUUUAAACUCAUAUUAAAUUCUUUCUACAAAAUUAUAAAAAAAUAAAAACAAAUUCAGGUUUCCAGAGUCUUAGGCAAUUUUGUUUAUCAUUCUCUAAGACUGGACCGCUGUUGAGUGAUAUUAUAAUGUUUAUUUAUUUAUGAUGGAUCAAAUGAGUGUCUCUGUAGCCUCGUAAACAUGAUGGGUUUCUCUGGACUCAUUUUAAUUUUUAGCUUGGUAUAGUAAACUUUUCUUUACCGGUUAUCGUGGUGGGGUUUUUGUGACAGCUGGUUAUUUUUCGUUCCUUGUCGUCCAUUCUUCGUUCCUCGUUCCUCUUCGUCCGUUAUUCGUUUAUCGUCGUCCGUUCUUCGUUGUCCGUUCCUCGUUCAUCGUCGUCCGUUCAUCGUCAUCCGUUCCUCGUUCAUCAUCGUCCGUUCCUCGCUCCUCAUCGUCCGUCACCGUUAAUCGUUCGUCCACCCAUAUGAAAAUUAAACCUCAUUUCUUUUUAAUAACCCUAAUUUACAUUUUAUUUCCUUAUCGUCGUGAACACACCUGGAUCCAUGGGGGGUAAAACGGGUAUAAUAUUGAUCAUAUUUCACUAGACUAAGUAUGGUACUAUUCACAACCGUAACUAUUUUUUUUCUUAUUCGAUAUCAUCAUAAUAGUUUACAUGGAUAGUAAACAAUAUAUCUACCAGUACCUCGAUGUAUAGGGUCUACAAGCUGAUGUGGAUUCUGUAUCUGUAUGGAUGUUAUUUUUGUUUUCUAACAAUUAACAUAUAAACAUCGAUUCAAUGUAGAUGGUUAAUGGUUGAAUGUGUGAUUAUAUGUGAAUGAUAGUGAGGAUAGAAUGGAGAAGAUUUACUUAAGGUAGAAUGAUUGAUUGAAACUCGAUGUUGAAUUUACCAAUUUAUUUAUUUAUUUAUUUAUUUAUUGCAUCUGUCUUCGCAAUAACAAUCUCUCGGGUCCACAUUAUACAUUAAGCUACGGGGUGAUUAUUUUGUUCCCUGUUGAGUGUAAUGUAAGCAGUUGACACUCGAUCUUCUCCCAUAGACCCAGACUUAGUGUACUGUAUACCGUUAUUGAUGUACCACUAAUUGUUUACCAUAAGAGACUAUCGUGGGCAGAGAAUAGUGAGUUAUUGUGGGGGGGGGGUUUGUCCACCUUAUUUUGGUCACUAUUGCGUCAUAUUGCAUCUAAAUUUCAUCAUUAAUUCAGAUGUAUCACUUAGCACUUGCAGGAAUUUAAUUUGUGUUUCCAUUGUUUGAACUUGAUUAAUUGUCUCACCAAGAACGUGCAUCUGAUAUUAUUAUUAUAACAUUAUGGUCAAAUCAACAGGUGUUCAAGGUGAUUAACAAGAAUAUCCUUUGUUUUGGCUUGUAAGGUGUGAGAUUCUUUAGUUCAGAUGGCUGGCAGCGUGAAGUACCUUGUUGGUGAUAAAUCCUCAAGUUGUAAAAACACUGAAGCAGUAUCUGUAUUUAGUGAUAUAUUCUUGUUUCAACAGCAUGAUUGUCUUUUUUUUUCCUUCUGUAUCGUCACUCAAAGAACUAUCUGUAUUUGGGGUGAUCGAUGAAUUUCAGAAUGAACACUGUGACUCCCGUUGUCUCGGUAUGGUUGUCAAAAUGUUUCGUCCGCUGUGUCAUAUUGUUUAACAUAAUUUCCGUGAAGAUAGUUUUUUUGAGUGACUGUGCAUGUUACCUAUAAUAAAACAUUCUUAUCCCAGUAAAUACUUGUUUUUUUUUUAUAAAUUUGGAUAUUUUCUUACACGUAAAUAUAAACCCAAUUUUGUUUUAUCAAUACCAUAGAGUUAUCAAUACCAUAAACAUUUCUAACAUUGUAAAUAUAACAAGAAUCAAGACUUAUGUCAAAGGUCCCAAAACAAGCAGAGGAUAAUGUUACAAUUAGUGAACAUUGACGCACAGGAUGAUACUACUAUGGGCAAUGACCUGACGAUAUCAAACCUUUAUCGACUGCUUAAUUAAUAUCAUAUCAAAAUAAUAUAGUAUCAAACGUUGAUCACUUAAGCCAUGGCAACACUACCUAAAAACACACACACACACACACACACACACACACACACACACACACACACACACACACACACACACACCUCAUUACGACGCAACUCUUACUUUAAUAAUUUUAGCAAAUAUUGGAAUGUUAUUUACAGCUUCUUAACCACAAUAUGAAUGAAAAUAUCAAUAAUUUUCUUUCAUAUACUCUCACGCUGCACGUCAUCUGAUCCGGUAUCCGAUGUUGGGUCAAAAACACGCCUAUUUUACGAGAUGAAGCCCGGGUUAAGAUACAGGAAGGAGAACAGUUUAGUGUAUGUGAUCGAACUAACCAUACGGGCAUUUGAACUUCAAUUUCCUUUGGACCAAUCGUGUUUAAUAUUGUAUUUAGGCCACAUUUUACUGAACCAUUGUCAUUAUUACUUGGCCAUACCUUACUGAACCAUUUCAGUAAUUACCUGGUCAUACCUUACUGGCCAUACCACUUUCACUAAUUACCUGGCCAUACCUUACUGAACCACUUUCACUAAUUACCUGGCCAUACCUUACUGAACCACUUUCCCUAAUUACCUGGCCAUACCUUACUGAACCACUGUCACUAAUUACCUGGCCAUACCUUACUGAACCACUGUCACUAAUUACCUGGCCAUACCUUACUGAACCACUCGUAUAUAGAGACAAAUACCUAAACUGGGGCUGGGUAUAUGUCAAGCAAGUUAAAACAGCUUAUACCGUUAAAUUAAAUAAAAGUGUAACGUAAAAACACACAUUGAUUUUAAAAACUUAAAAAAAAAAUCUCGUCCUGGAAUAAAAAUAAAAGCAGUUGACAUUAAUUUUUAAAAAGUAAUCUUGAAAAUGAAACCAAAAAAUGUGUUCUCUGUACUUCCAUUUCUUUGCUUCCACAUAAUACGGUAAGUUUAGUCUAAUUUCUUGUAAAGUUUCGCUGUCUGGGGUAUUUUGAACUCCUUGAAGGCGAGAGUGUACAGCUAAGGACAAAAUUCCUUGAUCACUUGGUUAUAUCAGGCAUGUAACUGAGUAUCAUUAGGUGAAAAGGAUUGGAAUUUAAACGUAUUGUCUCAUAUUUAUAUUAAGGAAUUAGUAGAUAUAAACCAAUCAUAAACCAGUAAUAAAUGAUGUCAGAUAUUAUCAAAUGUUCAGAGAAUUUUGUCCAUAACUGUACAUACGCUCAACUCUGGCGACAAAACACAGACCCACAGCGGAGUUCAGUCUUCCCUCCCAGUUCACCGUUCCCUCGAGCUCACUGUGCUUAUGAGAAUUAAUAUGUCCAAACAGUGGGCUUUAAAACAUUUUUCGCGGAUAAUGCUGGAAGAUCGCGAGGGAUACUAAGGCAGUUUGUGUUACUUUAAUGUUUGGAUAAUAUGGAUGAUGGUUAAUCUGGGAAGUGGAUUAAGUCAUUGGGUAGUUUAGUGGUAGUGAUGUGGUUUACCUUGCUGAGGGUCCAGGUGUGUGUGUGUUUGUAUACUGAAACUAAAAUGUCAAUAUCGCGUAUCUGUCGUUCCUUCUUCCCUUUUCUCUACACCACAACAAACAAACAAACCUAUAACAUAUAUCAUGAUCCCUGAUUAACUUUAAACACUUCAAGAAUACAACCUGACUAAAUCCAGUUUAUGUGAGUGAAUGUUAUGGGAUAAUAGAGGCUUAGCGAAUAGAGAAUAAUUAAUCAGUGAAUUAUAAAAUAACAAAUUAUUUAUCAUUCAGAUUUGGGGAAAAGGAAGACGAAUAAAAAUGAAAAUCUACCGAUGUUUGAGGACAUAGGGUUAAGAGCCAAGUUAGGGAGGUGGUGGUAGUGGUGUCAGGUGAGGGCCGGAGUUUGAACGAGACAGUGAGCCUUCGGACUGAGUGAUUCGACCCUACGCUUAAAACAUUACUAUAAUCACUAGCCGCCAUAGGACUCACGAUUGUAGAUGGUGCCUGCUUCGUUAUACAGAUAGAUUUGCUGGUAGAUAGGUAAAGUAGAUUAUUAUGGCCCGAUAAACCUAGUGAACGUUUGUCCUAUAUGGGAGCUAAGAUUUAUUAUAACACUCGUUGGGUUCACAGUGACUACAGUCGGGUUAUUAUGUAUAGCAGUUUGCUUUUUUUAGAUAAUGACUGAUGUUAUUGUAGAUACAUAUGUGAGUAGGAGGAUUAUUAAUAUGUAGUUAUAUGAGGGAUUAUGUACUUGUAGAAUUUUUUUUCGUAGAUAUGCUCUAAAACUGUGGCUGCAGGAACUCUUAAUUGCCCUUGACUUGUACACUACGUAUGUUUUUUUCCGGUUGCUUUAAUUUUUCACCUGUAGACCUGACCCACCCUGUAGUUCGGAUAACUAUCAACAAAAAGAAAUAUGACGGAUUAUUUUUAAAUUUAUGUUGAUUGUUAGUGUACGGUAAGACUUAACAGGUG